UCUUCGAGGCAGGGUCUCCCUAGGUCACUAAAUUGCUUUUGUCUUCGGCAUGUCUACAUCUCCACCCACCCCAAGGCACAGCUGGAUAAAAACUGACUUGUGGGCCCUCUCAGACCCCUUCCUCCGAGGGCGCCCCCUCAAGCCGCCCAAGCAGGGUCCUCUCCUGUUUCUCCUUUGUGGAGGGCUGCUUAAGUCCCUCACCAUGUUCUCUUUCUUUCCAGUAGAAGCUUUCUCCUGCAAACACAGGCUUUCGUUUUCUUUCACAUGAUCACCAAGAGCAAGGACCGCAGCGGGAGACCUGCGGGGCAGCAGGCCUGCUACAGAGCUAGCCAGGCGCCAGAUGACGGGGUGCUGUGCAGCCGGCCGGACUCACUGCCCAGCGACUCAGAGGUGGAGAAGCUGGGUGUGACCUGGAGCCCGCGUCUCCCCGCCGGCCGGGAGCAGGGAGCUUUCCCACCACGUAGGAGGAGCAAGGACCGGCUCUCCCCGGAGAGGAUGCCUUCCGGUCCCCGCCCACUCGGGCUGGAGGCCUCGGCGCUGACCACUUGAUCCAGACGAAGCGUAGAAAUUGGAAGGAAAAGCCGCAAGACGCGUUUCCAAACAGAAGUUCUUGAUGGCUACAGGAACUGGAACACCGGCAACCUGCUGUAAGACGGGCUAAAGGCAGGACCUUCCCUGCGUCGGCAGCGACCUUCUGUGGGCUAUUUUCCAGCGAUCACUUCAUUCUCGGUGGUGCCUGAUUAGGCCCAGAGAUGGGAGCCCGAGCCUCCUCAGGGAGCACGGAAGACGCCAGGGCCUCUGUGCACUGGGGCAGUGACGGCCAGUGAGCAGUUGCCGGAGGAUGUCCGCCACCACGGCAGCCGCCCCUGCGGGCAUCCCCGCCGCUCCGGGCCCCGUGAACCCGCCCCCACCUGAGGUGUCCAACGCUGGCAAGCCCGGCCGGAAGACCAACCAGCUGCAGUACAUGCAGAACGUGGUGGUGAAGACACUGUGGAAGCACCAGUUUGCCUGGCCCUUUUACCAGCCUGUGGACGCCAUCAAGCUGAACCUGCCUGAUUACCAUAAAAUAAUAAAAAACCCAAUGGAUAUGGGGACUAUUAAGAAGAGACUAGAAAAUAACUAUUACUGGAGCGCAAGUGAAUGUAUGCAGGACUUCAACACCAUGUUUACAAACUGUUAUAUUUAUAACAAGCCCACAGAUGACAUAGUGCUAAUGGCCCAGGCCUUAGAGAAAAUUUUUCUGCAGAAAGUGGCCCAGAUGCCCCAGGAGGAAGUAGAAUUGUUACCCCCUGCUCCGAAGGGCAAAGGCCGGAAACCGGCUGCGGGGACGCAGAGUGCAGGUGCACAGCAAGUGGCGGCCGUGUCCUCGGUGUCCCCAGCGGCCCCCUUCCAGAAUGUGCCCCCCACAGUCUCCCAGACACCAGUCAUCGCCGCCACCCCUGUACCAACCAUCACCGCCAGCAUCACGUCGGUCCCCAUCCCUCCGGCUGCUGCUCCACCUCCUCCCACAACACCUGUUGUCCCUGUGGUCCCUCCCACGCCACCCGUCGUGAAGAAGAAGGGCGUGAAGCGGAAAGCAGACACCACAACGCCCACGACCUCUGCCAUCACCGCCAGCCGGAGCGAGUCGCCCCCGCCUUUGUCGGACCCCAAGCAGGCCAAGGUGGUGGCCCGGCGGGAGAGUGGGGGCCGUCCCAUCAAGCCCCCCAAGAAGGACCUGGAGGAUGGCGAGGUGCCACAGCACGCAGGCAAGAAGGGCAAACUGUCCGAGCACCUGCGGCACUGUGACAGCAUUCUCAGGGAGAUGCUGUCCAAGAAGCACGCCGCCUACGCCUGGCCCUUCUACAAGCCUGUGGACGCCGAGGCGCUGGAGCUGCACGACUACCACGACAUCAUCAAGCACCCCAUGGACCUCAGCACUGUCAAGAGGAAGAUGGACAGCCGCGAGUACCCAGACGCACAGGGCUUCGCCGCUGACAUCCGGUUAAUGUUCUCGAACUGUUAUAAGUACAAUCCUCCUGACCACGAGGUGGUGGCCAUGGCCAGGAAGCUCCAGGAUGUGUUCGAGAUGAGGUUCGCCAAGAUGCCAGAUGAGCCCGUGGAGGCGCCCGUGCUGCCUGCGCCCGCAGCCCCGGUGGUGAGCAAGGGCACCGAGAGCAGCCGAAGCAGCGAGGAGAGCUCAUCGGACUCGGGCAGCUCGGACUCAGAGGAGGAGCGUGCCACAAGGCUGGCUGAGCUGCAGGAGCAGCUGAAGGCCGUGCAUGAGCAGCUGGCCGCCCUGUCUCAGGCCCCAGUGAACAAACCAAAGAAGAAGAAGGAGAAGAAGGAGAAAGAGAAGAAGAAGAAGGACAAGGAGAAGGACAAGGAGAAGCACAAGGUCAAGUCUGAGGAGGACAAGAAGGCCAAGGCCACCCCAGCUGCCAAGCAGGCCCAGCAAAAGAAGGGCCCAGCCAAGAAAGCCAGCAGCACCACGGCAGCCAGCAGACAACUGAAGAAGGGUGGCAAGCCAGCGUCGGCCUCCUACGACUCAGAAGAGGAGGAGCAGGGCCUGCCCAUGAGCUACGACGAGAAGCGGCAGCUCAGCCUGGACAUCAACCGGCUGCCGGGGGAGAAGCUGGGCCGUGUGGUGCACAUCAUCCAGUCCCGGGAGCCAUCGCUGCGUGACUCCAACCCCGACGAGAUCGAGAUCGACUUCGAGACCCUGAAGCCCACCACUCUGCGGGAGCUGGAGCGCUACGUGAAGUCAUGCCUACAGAAGAAGCAGCGGAAGCCCCUCUCAAGCGGGAAGAAGCAGGCGGCCAAGUCCAAGGAGGAGCUGGCUCAGGAAAAGAAGAAGGAGCUGGAGAAGCGGCUACAGGAUGUGAGCGGGCAGCUGAACAGCAAGAAGGCUCCCAAGAAAGAGAAGACCGGCGCGGCGCCCUCUGGGGGGCCAUCGCGGCUCAGCAGCAGCAGUUCUUCAGAGUCAGGCAGCAGCAGUUCUAGCGGGUCCAGCUCCGACAGCAGUGACUCCGAGUGACCCGAGGGUGCAGCUGGACAGACGGACAUGGCUCAUGCCAAGGCUCUGCGUGUCCCCUCCUGUGGUCAAUAUACUCCUUUCGUUCCAUGGUGUGCAGGUUUCCUUUACUUCAGUGUUACGGUAUCGCCGGUUGUGCUCCACGAGGUCACAGUCUGCCCUUCCUGCUGCCUGCUGCACACGGUCACGCACGCAGUCACGUCCUCGGAGCCACAGCCACACUGAUACCAGAGGAGGCCACAGGGUACAGCCCAGGACCUACAGCAGCGCCCGCUGCCCGGCCUGCCCACCCCACAUCAGGAGCAGCUCCUGAGAUGGGAGCCCUGCGCCGCGGCCGCCCACCGUGCCAGCAGGUGGUCUCUGUAGCCCGGGUCACUCGCCCUUGGGCACUGGGUGGGGCUGAGCAGAGCGACAGAGAGGUGCUCAGGGGCCAAGGGAGGGGCUGCGGCCAUGAAAGAGCACAGCCUCUGUGCCUGGCGAGCAGGUUUCCGAACACUGAAACUUUUACCUCAACUUAAAAAAAAAAAAAAAAAA